UCCCGUAGCGGCGCGUGAGCUCGCUGACGUCACCAGCCCAGCGACGCGGCCGGCGCCACCGCCAGCCCGCGCCGCUACCGCGAUGUUCAAGCGAGAGAACAAUUUUACAGUGAAAUAAAAGAAUGAGGAAAUACAUCCUACAGUUAAUAAUGGUAAUUCAACUGGGGGCCACCCCUGUUAGCCUGGGCUUGCUCUCUAUCCAAGUUUAUGCUUCCUCUUCAGAGAAGGAAACUUCCAAAAAGGAGUUGCUGAAAAUUGAUGAACUGUCACUCUACUCCUGUCCAGCUCGUGAGACUAAAUAUGUGGAGAAUCCACAAACCCAGUUGGAAGAAGGGAUUUCACAUUUGCGGCAUGUUAUGGAACCAUACACAGCCUGGUGUCAGGAUCUUUAUGCUAAAGCUAUGCCCAAACUAGAAAAAGCUGUUGAGCGUGGUAGAGAGGGCUGUGAAUUUCUCCAAAAUCCCCCUCCUGGAUUUUAUCCAAGGCUUGGUGUGAUUGGUUUUGCUGGGAUUGUUGGAUUGUUUCUUGCUAGAGGUUCAAAAAUAAAGAAGGUGGUGUAUCCUAUAGGUUUCAUGGGAGUUGGUGCAUCCUUGUAUUAUCCACAGCAAGCAGCUGCUAUUGCAAAGGUUGCUGGUACACAGCUGUAUGACUGGAGUGUGCAGGGAUAUAUUGCUUUAGAAUCUCUCUGGAAGGAUACUCCCAAAAAGAAGAAAUCUGGGAAAAAAAGUGAUAAGGGUGACGCGGAUGGUGACAAGCCCCUGGAAGUCCAUGCUGUUCCAAAUGAGGAAUGAACCCAGAAGUAGAACACUAAAUCACUUGCCAUCGAACAGAUGAAUAUAAAAUGUAGAUGAGAACAACAAUUUCACCAAAAAAAAGGAGAAAAACAUCUGAAUCCAUUUUGACUUUGAAUGUGACUAAUCUGCCUUCUGCCUCAGGAAAAACUGACAGCACCUUGCAUCAUCUUCUGGCGUCUCUAAAAGGACACUGCGUAUUUUGUGUCAGCCGGAGACCAUGUCAUCAGUUCUGCAGUGGGACUUAGUGGGUCCUAUUGCAAGAUCACCAAGUAGGAAGUCUCAAAAUUCCUCAGUCUCUUGUUAUUUAUAUAUAAAAUAAAAUUCUAAUUACAUAAAA